CGAGGCAGCCGUGUAGCACAGAGCUGCUAUACACACGAAUACACGCGGAUUUGUGAAAGUGUCCGUCGCUCGUUGAGCUUCGACUAAACCAGUCUUACGAAAGAAGUGAUUCGAAUUUACAAGAAAGUAUUCAAUGGAAGCCAGGUUUGUGACCUGUCGCAGUUUCCAGCAUAUCAAGCCGCCGGAGAAGACUUUAGCACCACCGCCGACUGUGAAGAGCCUGCUUUCACGUUUCGGCAGCCAGGCUCAAGCCUUGUUUGCGCCGAAGAAACAGAAGUUCGGCUCGUCGGUGGCCAUCCACAAAUUGAGGGAGAGCAAGUGGUUCAAGCAUGAGGAGCAGAACAUCUUGUGCGCGGUGCUCGAGUCCGGGUUCGUGUUGGAAGUGCGCGCAGAGGACCCCCUGCCACAGGACUCUGCGCUCUCCUCCGACUACCAUAUGUAUGCGAUUGCCAUGUGGAAGAAGGGUAAAGAAAAAACAAAGAACCCGGAACAGAUAGAGAUAUACACAGUGCAGCAGAAGGGUGUGCGGAAACGCAUCAUCAAGACAACACUGAAUAACUUCUGGAAGAAGGACUCUGUCAUCAGGAUCAACAAUGUUGACGAUAAACAGGAGACGCCAAACAGCGAAAAGGACAUAAGAGCUAAGCUUGACAUGGCAACUAAGUCCAGAUUCGAGAGAAAUUGGCACAAUACUCUACACUUCGUCCAUUGGUGCAGAUACGGUGAGACGCCGCAAGAAGCUCGCAUGAGACAGAUCAGCUUAACGACGUCGAAAACACCUAUGAUUAUCAUCUUUUGAUGGUAAUCGUUGAGGCGCUUUGGACAAACAGCUGGCAACAAAAUACCGAUUAGCGAGUCUUUGAAGUGGGGCAACAUUGGCAUGAAUAUGGGGGUGAUGCUGGUGAGUCAGAACAACUCUCGCCUUAAGGCCAAGUCCGUCUGACUAACAGAAGCCGGCAAUGCCGGCACUUGCUACACUUGCUUCUGGCAACCCCCGUCCGGGGAAAUUGAUUUUGUUUAAUACUCAAUGGUUCGGAAUGUAACAAUAAUACCCUUUGCAAUGAGUUGAAUGUACUAGAAAUUUUCUAUCUGUUAUUAUUACAUAUUAAUAAUCCUUCUUAUUCUGUUGUUAUACGUAAUUAAAAUCGAUUAGAUAUAAAAAUUAUAUUGGCUUAACGAGGUGUUAGUUAACUUGAUGAUAUAUUAGAUAUAAAUUAAAGAGUUAUAUACGACGAAUUUGAGUCAUAAAGUACAAUAUAAGUUUCCAACGGAAUCUCUUGCAUAUGUUCCGUAAGUUUUGUGUUGCUAUAUUUACAUUCAAUAUCGGAAUCUCCAUUUCUAUGAGUACAAAAAGGGUUCCGUUUCACGCAAUAUUGUUACAUACAGUACAAUCCGCAAUUAUUUAAAACUAUAUAAAUGUUACACUAUUUGUUUGCUCAAAUACUACGUAUUCCUAGAUAGUGUGAGGGAUUUUAUGAGUCACUUAAAUUUAAGCAGCGAUAACAUUCCUGACAUAAGUCGUGCCCCACGGCAUUAAGUAGUUCUAUACUUAUAUCUAAAGAUAAACAUUGUAUUGUAGUUGAUAAAUGUUAAAUCGUAUUUGAUCGAUAGUUGUAAAAUUCUAUAAUUUUUAAAGACUGGUGAUUAUCUGUGAAAAAAAUAUACGUGGAUCCGAUUUACGAGAUAAAAGUAUAAGUGGCCAUAGCCUAGCGCGUUUGUAACGUAACGAUAGGUUCGUUCUGUGUUAAUUUCGGAAAAAAAUUUAGGAUUGUCGCUUUUUCAAACUUCAAUUACUCAACUCAAUAGGCGCGCAUCAUAUAAUAACAUAGAUUACUGCUACUAAAAUAGCGAAUUGGAGUUACGAUCUAUUACUUAGAUAAUUUAUACGUCUAGGUCUCUAUGUAGACAGAGCCUCUUGCUAUUAGGCAACGCAUGACAACUACGUCUUCCACUCGCGAUACGUCAGUCACUUUGUUUCAACGCACGCAGCGUUUGCUAAAAAUAGAGGUUAACUAUUCACCGCAAUUUUUUUUCAACGUUUUUGCAGCUGUUGUAUCUAGAUGUAUAAAUUAUCUAAACUUUUUUUGAUAAAAUUGUCUUUUGUACGAACGUUAUCAAUAAUUUGACGACGCGGCCACUGCAUUAUUGUGUCUCGUGAUUGGAAUAUUUGAUUGUUAGUAUUUAUAAUGUGAGCUAAUGAUAACUGUUUGCGGUGUCGACUGUUCGGAGAGUAUUAUUUACUUACUACGUUUUAUGUGCUAUUUAUAUUGAAGCAUUUUUAUAAAUAAAAUGAUUAUUACAAA